AAGCAACGAGAUUUCUCCAGAGGAUUUUGGAAAAUAGCUCGAAAUAAGGUGGCUCAAAGAGAGCAGCGACCUCGUCGAUAUCUGAGUCUUCACCAGCACAUCGAGAGAGAAGCAGCUGACAGGACGACUCAGGAGAAAGCAAAGAUGCAGUGGAUUCUGUUUGUGCUGAUUCUGAUGGGUCAGUGUUCCUUCUUCACAUGUCACCUCUAUGAGUACCACUUCAUUAGAAAGAAAAUGUCCUGGGAUGAAGCCCAGAGUUAUUGCAGAGAGCAUUUCACUGACCUGGCCACAGUGUCUGACAUGAGAGACGUGGAGAGACUGACUAAUAGAAGCGCCUGGAUCGGACUGAGGAGCAUCAAUGAAAGUGAUAUCAAAGAGUGGCACUGGUCUCUGCCGGGGGAGAAGUACAUUCCUACAGAAUGUGAACCAGAAUGUGAGCCAGAAUGUGAGCCAGAAUGUGUGCCAGAAUGGGCUUCAGGUCAGCCGAACAAUGGAGGUGGCAAUCCUGAGAACUGUGUGAAUAUUAGAAACUCAAAAUGGUACGAUUACAGUUGUUGUAAGGAACACAAGUUCAUCUGCUACAAUGAAACAGGGCAACAGAAAUACCAUUUGAGUCGUGGUAAGAAGAACUGGCUUCAGGCUCAGAGCUACUGCAGAGAACAUCACACUGACCUGGUCAGUGAACUCACACAGAUCAGAUCAGAAGAAUUCAAGUCAAAAGUUGGCCCUGAAUGGAUGUGGAUCGGCCUGUUCAGAGAGAUCUGGAGUUGGUCAGAUGGGAAGAAUUUCUCUUUCAGACACUGGGAGGACUCAUUUGAAGAUGAAGCCUCAAAGACUUGUGCUAUGACUAAGCCAAAUGGAAAAUGGAGCUCCGACAAUUGCACAGAGGAAAAACCCUUCUACUGCUAUGACGAGAAGAAGACUUGGGAUGAGGCCUUGGAUUACUGCAGAGAGAAGCACCGUGACCUGGUCUCCAUCACUGACCGUCACCAGCAGAGAUGGGUCAAAAAGAGAGCCAAGAUGGCCGACACUGCGUUCGUCUGGCUGGGAAUGCGCUACACCUGCACUCUGGAUCUGUGGUUCUGGGUCAGUGAUCGUCUGGUCUGCUAUGACAACUGGGCCCAAGACGAGAAGAUUGAGGGUUGUGACAGGGCUACAGCCAUGAAGAGAGAUGGGAAGUGGGGCUCCACAGACGCCUGGAUCGGACUGAGGAGCAUCAAUGAAGCAGAUAUCAAAGAGUGGCACUGGUCUCUGCCGGGAGAGAAGUACAAUCAUACAGAAUGUGAACCAGAAUGUGAGCCAGAAUGUGAGCCAGAAUGUGUGCCAGAAUGGGCUUCAGGUGAGCCGAACAAUGGAGGUGUCGAUCCUGAGAACUGUGUGAAUAUUAGAAACUCAAAAUGGUACGAUUACAGUUGUUGUAAGGAACACAAGUUCAUCUGCUACAAUGAAACAGGGCAACAGAAAUACCAUUUGAGUCGUGGUAAGAAGAACUGGCUUCAGGCUCAGAGCUACUGCAGAGAACAUCACACUGACCUGGUCAGUGGACUCACACAGAUCAGAUCAGAAGAAUUCAAGUCAAACGUGAGCUCUGAAUGGAUGUGGAUCGGCCUGUUCAGAGAGAUCUGGAGUUGGUCAGAUGGGAAGAAUUUCUCUUUCAGACACUGGGAGGACUCAUUUAAAGAUAAAGCCUCAAAGACUUGUGCUAUGACUACCAAGCCAAAUGGAAAAUGGAGCUCCGACAAUUGCACAGAGGAAAAACCCUUCUACUGCUAUGACGACAAAGUGAUCCUGAUCAAAGAGAAGAAGACUUGGGAUGAGGCCUUGGAUUACUGCAGAGAGAAGCACCGUGACCUGGUCUCCAUCACUGACCGUCACCAGCAGAGAUGGGUCAAAAAGAGAGCCAAGAUGGCCGACACUGCGUUCGUCUGGCUGGGAAUGCGCUACACCUGCACUCUGGAUCUGUGGUUCUGGGUCAGUGAUCGUCUGGUCUGCUAUGACAACUGGGCCCAAGACGAGAAGAUUGAGGGUUGUGACAGGGCUACAGCCAUGAAGAGAGAUGGGAAGUGGUAUGAAAGGAGAGAAGGGGAAUCUCUUAAUUUCAUCUGCGCUAUAGCAAAGAUGCAGUGGAUUCUGUUUGUGCUGAUUCUGAUGGGUCAGUGUUCCUUCUUCACAUGUCACCUCUAUGAGUACCACUUCAUUAGAAAGAAAAUGUCCUGGGAUGAAGCCCAGAGUUAUUGCAGAGAGCAUUUCACUGACCUGGCCACAGUGUCUGACAUGAGAGACGUGGAGAGACUGACUAAUAGAGGCGCCUGGAUCGGACUGAGGAGCAUCAAUGAAAGUGAUAUCAAAGAGUGGCACUGGUCUCUGCCGGGGGAGAAGUACAUUCCUACAGAAUGUGAACCAGAAUGUGAGCCAGAAUGUGAGCCAGAAUGUGUGCCAGAAUGGGCUUCAGGUGAGCCGAACAAUGGAGGUGUCGAUCCUGAGAACUGUGUGAAUAUUAGAAACUCAAAAUGGUACGAUUACAGUUGUUGUAAGGAACACAAGUUCAUCUGCUACAAUGAAACAGGGCAACAGAAAUACCAUUUGAGUCGUGGUAAGAAGAACUGGCUUCAGGCUCAGAGCUACUGCAGAGAACAUCACACUGACCUGGUCAGUGGACUCACACAGAUCAGAUCAGAAGAAUUCAAGUCAAACGUGAGCUCUGAAUGGAUGUGGAUCGGCCUGUUCAGAGAGAUCUGGAGUUGGUCAGAUGGGAAGAAUUUCUCUUUCAGACACUGGGAGGACUCAUUUAAAGAUAAAGCCUCAAAGACAUGUGCUAUGACUAAGCCAAAUGGAAAAUGGAGCUCCGACAAUUGCACAGAGGAAAAACCCUUCUACUGCUAUGACGACAAAGUGAUCCUGAUCAAAGAGAAGAAGACUUGGGAUGAGGCCUUGGAUUACUGCAGAGAGAAGCACCGUGACCUGGUCUCCAUCACUGACCGUCACCAGCAGAGAUGGGUCAAAAAGAGAGCCAAGAUGGCCGACACUGCGUUCGUCUGGCUGGGAAUGCGCUACACCUGCACUCUGGAUCUGUGGUUCUGGGUCAGUGAUCGUCUGGUCUGCUAUGACAACUGGGCCCAAGACGAGAAGAUUGAGGGUUGUGACAGGGCUACAGCCAUGGAGAGUGAUGGGAAGUGGUAUGAAAGGAGAGAAGGGGAAUCUCUUAAUUUUAUCUGCGCCUUAUAGUAGGCCUACAUUUUUUAAACCCACCGGUGUAUUUAUAUGAGCUUACUCUACACUGACUGUUCUCUGGGUAUUUUAAUGGCACAAUGACAGGUAAAUAAAUCACAACCUGAAGAUGUUAGAACAUAAUUUAUGAAGGUAUCACUUAAAACCCUAUAACGCCAAGUGUAUCAUAUUUGAUACAUGAGUUGCUGAGACCUCUACGUCAUCCAAAUGACUAGUACGUUCGUACGUUCCUAAAAGACCUGUUGUAUGCAAUGUGAUACAUGUCUUCUUCCCUCUGGUGGAUCAUCCGGGCACUGAAGGCUGUAGAGCGCUUUUAAUGACCAAAUCCAAAAUGGCUACGGUCAUGGGGCCGUAACCAUAGAUAUAUAUAACAUGUUUAUAUAUAUAUCUAUGGCCGUAACGGUGUCGGUACCAUAUGUGUUCGGGCCCGUCUCUUACCAAUGACGUCACACAUUGUGAUUGGCUGUACGGUAAUUUACCCAGGGGUGCUCGGGGGCGCUGUCUAGAGUAUAGCGGGGUUUUUUGAUCAUUACAUUACAUUGCAUUUAGCUGACGCUUUUAUCCAAAGCGACUUAGAGUAGAUGAUCAGUGGGGCCUUUUUUUUACUGAAACAUGAUGUUUCCAUUGAAAAUGCUAACCGCUAGCCGCAAAGCUAGCAUCGCAGCCACUGCUCCGUUUUCGGAGACUUUGCACACGUUUUUCACAAACAUUUUCACACGCUAGGAGUAUGGGAGUACUUCCAUUCGCUUCAUCUUGAUCUGUAGAUGUGAUUUGCCCCUGUGCACCCCUGGGUAAAUUG